AGAUUUCAAAUUUCUCUUUCUUUUUUGUUUUUGUUUCUCUUCCAUUUUUCCCUCCUUAGGUUCUGAAGUAUUUGUAUGACGUCUUUUUGUCUUGUAAUGCAGUUUUUUCACGAGAUGCUGUCAGAAGCAUUUUUCUUUUUUUCUUUUGAAAACAAAUGAAAAAAUUUCUUCUUCUUCUUCUUCUUCUAAUACUUACUACUAUAUCCCCCCCUCCCUUGGCCCUUUACAAUGUGUUUUUUCAUACAUUUAACAUCCAUUCAUUAAUAAGUGGAAGGUAAAGAAAAAGGUAUUGAGUUUUAUUAUAUAUAUGUAUGUAUAUGUAUGUAUGUAUGUAUUUGAAAAAUCUGAAAAGCCCAUGUUUUAUGUUCCUUAUUCUCUCACUCACCGUUUGUUUUUUGUUUUUAUUUAUGUAAAAGAAAGAGAGAGAGAGAGAGAGAGAGAGAGAGAGAGAGAGAGAGGAGAGUAUUUUAGAGAUAGUUUGUGUUUGCCAAUCCAUACUAUUUUCUUAUUCUGCAACAUGUUAAGUUUAUAACAGAUCUUUACACUCUCUGUCUCUCUCCUUAUAUUACACCUCUCUUUUCCUUUUCUUUUCUCUAGAAAAGAAAAAAUAAUAAUCAAAAUCUCCUCUUUCUUCUUUCUCUCUUGGAAAUAACUACUUGGGAUUUUAUUCUAUUAGUAUCUUUGGAAAUGGAGUUUCACUCUUCUUUAUAUUUCUAGUUCCCCAAAUUCUAAAAAUAGACACUUUCAACUCUUUCUCUUUUCCUUCCUCCCUCAAUAUAACCCCUUCCUCCUCUUUUCACUCACUCCUCCCUUCCCCCCAUUGACAUAAUGCUUACGUUUUGAGUUCACCCUUUUUGAGUUCACUCUUUCUCUCUCUCUCUCUCUCUAGGAUCAUCCUCAUUUUAUUCGUUAUUCUUCUGAAAUGGGGAAAGCCACCAGAUGGUUGAAGGGCUUAUUGGGGAUCAAGAAAGACAAAGACCCAUCUUCAAAUUCAAAUUCAAACUCUAAUUCAACAACCCUCCCCGCCGACAACAGAAAGGACAAGAAACGCUGGAGUUUUGCCAAGUCCACUAGAGAUUCUGCCCAAACGCUGCCUCCUCCCCUUGAGUCUGCUUGGUUCAGAUCCUCAUACAUUUCUGAUUCUGACAGAGAACAGAACAAACACGCAAUUGCUGUAGCUGCAGCCACCGCUGCAGCUGCAGACGCGGCUGUCGCCGCUGCUCAAGCGGCGGUGGCCGUCGUUCGUCUCACAAGCCAAGGAAGAGGAAGAGCCUCUCACUAUAUCACUGGAAGAGAUAGAUGGGCUGCUGUCAAGAUUCAAACAGUUUUUAGGGGCUAUUUGGCAAGAAAGGCCCUACGAGCUCUCAAAGGGCUUGUCAAACUACAGGCUGUGGUUAGAGGAUUUCUUGUAAGAAAAAGAGCUGCUGCUACUCUUCACAGUAUGCAAGCUCUUUUUAGAGCUCAAACUGCUGUUAGAACUCAACGAGCUCGUCGUUCUUUCAACAAAGAGAACAGGUUUAACCCCGAUAUUCGACCCCGAAAAUCCUCCGAACGGUUUGAUGAAACGAGAAGUGAAUUAUUCCAUAGUAAGAGGUUGUCUGUAGCAUCAUCUUAUGAAACCUGUAUGAAUUCAUUGGACGAGAGUCCGAAAAUUGUUGAAAUCGACACAUACAGAACUCGAUCGAGGUCUCGUAGGUACAUUUCGACAUUGUCCGAAUGCGGAGGAGAUGAUAUAGCUUUCCAAUCAUCGCCAAUACCAUGUUCAAAUCGACCUCGUGUAGUGGUCGAUUGUCACAACAACAAUGUGCUUCGUGACUUCGAAUGGUGCUUGAUGGGUGAGGAUUGCAAGUUCCCCACAGCUCAUAGCACGCCCCGGCUAUCGAAUAACUCGUUCGUGUCUGCCAACGUGCCAGUCACCCCGUCGAAGAGUGUAUGUGGGGACAGCUUCUACCGGCCAUACAUAAACUACUGCCCCAAUUAUAUGGCAAACACACAAUCUUUCAAAGCAAAACUGAGGUCUCAAAGUGCCCCAAAGCAAAGGCCAGAGCCAGGGUCCAAGAAGAAGCUAUCAUUGAAUGAAAUAAUGGCAGCAAGAAACAGCUUAAGCAGUGUAAGAAUGCAAAGACCAAAUAACCAGAUGCUGCAAGAAGAAGAAGAAGAAGAAGAAGACGAUGAAGAAGAAGAAACAUCAUAUGGUUUUUGAAUAAUCUGUUACUUUGUUUUCUUUGUUUGUUAAGGUUUUAAUUAAAGCAAGAAAUGGGAUAGAAUCAUAGAACAAGAAGUUGAAAUCUGUCUCUAUAAAAAAAGCUUUGUUUUUUUUUUUCCCCUCUCUCACUGCUUCCACAUUUUACUGUUAAAUCUCAAGGAAUGAAUGAGAUAGAUACCAACAAAAAGGGAGCUUGUAAUCUGUAAUUAAAAUUCCAUUUAAACACUUCCCUUCCAGUGUUGAUUGCUUUA